CCCAUCCCAACCGCGUCUCUUCUGGUCUUUUUCCGUGACUAAGAAGAGAGAGAUUUGAUUCAUCUUCUUCUUCACCCAAUUCUGCACUUCCUCACUACUACUCUCCUUCACUUCACCCACCAUUUUUCUCUACCAGAGCAUGAACUUUGAACAACCAGAAUCAGUAGAACAAGAAGAACAAGAAGAAGAAGAAGAAAAAGAAGACGACGACGACGACGACGACGAAGCCUUUUAGUUUACAGAGUGAAACCCAAUUCUUCUAUUCUUUCUCUAUGGGCUGUUCUGCUUCCAGACCCAUCACUUUCCCUUCCACUAACCCUGAAUCUUCUUCUUCUUCCUCUCCCCCCGUUUCCAGAGCUUUCUCUCUUCCCACUCCUCUCAUUCACCAUCCCCCCAUCAGAGACGGCGACACGCACCAUCUCGUUACUCUCACUUCAACCACCUACGGUUCUCUCCUUCUUAUUGACCGCCCCAAGACGAAUCCCUUGAAAUUCUCCGGCGACCAAAACGCCGACCACUCUCAUUCACCGGACACGCCUGAUUCCGACCACGCAUUGUCGCCGGAUUCCGUCAUCAAUACAUGGGAACUAAUGGACGGCCUCGAUGACGCCUUUGAUUUCACUUCCGACGCCAUUCCUAACCCCGACUUCGCGAUUGAGAAAACCCCUUUCAAGUUCGUCGGAUCGGGUAAUUUCUUGGACAAAUCGGUGGAUUCUGCUGCGCCGUCUUCCUUGGUUAAGCCGCUUUGGCAGCAUUUGUCUGAAGAAGCUCUCCUCGCGAAAUUGGACCCUAAUGUCGUUUUCAGUUACCGACGAGCUCUCUCUUCCCGGCAAUUAGGCUCCAAUGGCUACCGAAAAAACGUUAAAUCAGUCGGUUCGAGUCCUAUUUGUUCUUCAUUCUCCAACAAUUGGUUCCGUCUUCCCGGCGGAGAAGACAAAGUAGUAAUCUACUUCACGAGCUUGAGAGGAAUCCGAAAGACCUAUGAGGAUUGUUGUUCCAUUCGUACAAUCUUCAGGGGUUUCAGAGUUCCAGUGGAUGAACGGGACAUUUCCAUGGAUUCAUCUUAUAGAAAAGAGUUGCAGAGUGCAAUUGGAGGGAAGACAGUGAGUUUACCGCAAGUUUUCAUAAGGGGAAAAUACAUAGGUGGUGCUGAAGAAAUCAAACAGCUAAACGAGUAUGGCGAAUUGGCGAAGCUUUUGGUGGGAUUUCCAGUUUGGGAUGUGAAAACUGAGUGUGAAAGGUGUGGAGAAGCAAGGUUUCUGCCAUGCCCUAACUGCUAUGGCAGCAGGAAGGUGUUUGAAGAAGAUGAAGGAGAAUUGAGAAGAUGCCCUGAUUGCAAUGAAAAUGGCUUGAUAAAGUGCCCAGAUUGCUGCUUCUGAAUGCAAAUAUUUUAGGUAUUUACUCAAUCAUUUAUUCCUACAAUGAUGAAAUCAAAAUGCUUCUUCUUUGCUGCUGCUUCGUACUUGUAGGAUUUAUUUGUUCAUUUUCCAUGAACAGUGUAUAAUCAUUAUCAAGGCAAAAAAGAAAGGAAAAAAAAAAAAAAAAAAAAAAAAAGGAAAGAAAGAACAAGAUGAUGAUGUUUUCAUGCGUUCUUCAACAUAUAUUGAGUUAUGUAGUUAUAAAGCAGCACUAUUCUGCGUUGGGAUGGUGUUCUAAACAUUUAUAUGCAUUCUCAAUGUUGUUUGGUAUUAAAGAUGUUCAUAUCUUACGACCUUACUUGAACGAGAUUUGCUAUAUAAGUUGUACAAUUGUGUCCUCAAGUUCUAAAGAGGUUUAUAUCUUGAAA